AUGUCAAGGAACCCAGAUGUCUCCCUGCGGACCCUUUCGGCCGCUGACGGGUUCCUCGCUGGGCUUAUCUACCUUGGUGCAACGAAACAAGCCACGACCCAAAACCGAGUCACUGGUCGUUUUACCCCCACUAACCAAUCGUGGAGAUGCCUUGAGAGGAUUUGGAUCAAUCUCGAAACUGUUCACAGUGGCAUGUUGGAGCUGGUUCCCAUAUUGAGUCUCCGAGGUAUCGACAAUACCCUUGACUCUUUCAUCAGCCCAGUACUGUUCUUCCAGGCUGUUACUUUGUCGCUUCGAAACAUUUUGAUUGGCCGGCCACCCAACACUUUUGGUGACGUUAUUACUCUCUUCUGUCUGUCGCACGAGGUGUCCCGCCAUCUCAGAAGCAGCCACAAUUCGACGAUGAGUGAUCCUAAACUUGACAUUGGUCAAUGGGGAAAUGCCAUCAGCAAAUACGAUCAUCGACAAGCAUUCUCCAGUCUAAUUCGGGCGUUGCUCCCGGAAAUAGCGGCCCCAACCCCGCCUCCGAGCUUACUGGACCCUGUAACGGCGGAUUACAACCAUACUCUGCACCUCAUGGCCACUCACCAAGAUACACAACUUAAACCGCCUUCUCAAGGAAGCGAACUCAUUGGCACUUCUUUACAAUACAGUGGUGUGCCGCCAAACCUACUCAGUCUCAUUGAAUCCCAGCCUACAGAGCAAGAAGCGCACGAUGACCUUUACACCUUUAUUGGGGAGACAGGGUUCCAGACUCUAGCCCCGUUAGAUCCACACGGAUCGGCCCUUGUCGCUAACUUCACGCUCUUUCUGGAGCAAUACGGAGACCUGUUCCAGAACCUUUCCGGGAGUUGGGUAACAGCAAAGAACCAGUAUUCACCUUCAUCUGCUCUCAAUCGGGAAGUGCCCCAGAGCAAUGAUGUCAGCUCAUACUUGCAACGCAUGCAACAAGAUGGAUCCUUUCAAGAUUCAUCCUCAACGGGCAUUCUUUCCAUUGUCGAUACAUUCAUCCAGCUUGGGUACCUGCAAACCCCCAAAGACGUCCAAGAGUACAUGAUCAUCGUUGGCAAGGUACAGAGACACGAUACUGAAUAUGACCUUCGCGCAGCUGACGCGAAAUCUAGGAAAUUAUACCCGACAGAGAAUAUGUAA